AUGUUACUUCUGUUUGCUGCAACCUUUGCACUUUCAGUGACUUCCUUGGAAAUUCAUCAAUCUGUUUCAGAAGUGGAAAAGGGCAACGAAAUGCAUUAUUUUAUUUCAGAGCGACAACAGUUACCUCAUAUUCGAUUGAUUCGAGAUUUACUUUCUACCAAGAGAUAUGAUCCGAGUGUUCGACCGGUUGGGAAUUAUUCCAAAUCGUUAACGGUGCACAUCAGUAUGAGUUUAUACCAAGUCGUCGAUGUGGAUGAACCAUCACAGUAUUUGACCUUAAAUAUAUGGAUGAUUCAGAAAUGGGUGGACGAAUUUCUGGAUUGGAAUCCUAGUGAGUAUGACAUGAUCAACUAUACAGUGCUCCCGCAUAGUGCUUUGUGGAUCCCUGAUACUUUCAUCUACAACAGUGUGGUGAUGAGUCGUGAGGGAAGUGAGCGAUACAUGAAUGUUGCUGUAAAAAGUAGACAUUGGAAAGAUAAGUGUGGUGCCGAAGUAUUCUUCUUAUAUCCAGCACUUUACACUAUACGUUGCCGCAUAGAUAUACGCUAUUUUCCGUACGAUCAUCAGAACUGCACUUUAACUCUUGGUUCAUGGACAAGUAGUAAGGCUUUACUUAAUUAUACGACAGAUAAAGCAGUUAAUAUGCAUUCGUAUAUACUGAACGAAGAAUGGGAUAUUCUUUCAUUUAAUCUCUAUCGCCAUGAAUAUCUAUAUGCCUGUUGUCAAGAUCCCUGGGUCAUUAUCGAAGGAUAUCUGAUCAUCAGAAGGAAGCCAUUAUAUUACGUAGUCAAUCUCAUUAUACCGACAACCAUUUUAACAUUGGUGGCAAUAGUUGGCUUCUUUACGCCAGCUUCAACAAGCGAUGAAAGAACGGAAAAAAUUACGAUCGGUAUCACCGCCCUAUUGGCAAUAUCCAUCCUGAUGUUAAUGGUUUCUGAUCAAAUGCCAACAACUUCGGAUUUUGUGCCUCUUAUUGCUUGGUUCUAUUUGUCAAAUAUCAUCGUCAUUUCCACAGCAACAUUUUGUACUUGCACUGUUCUCUGUAUUCAUGGCCAUCAUAAAAACGGUAAAUUACCGCCUGUUCUUAUUCGAAUAUUAUUCUUCAAGUAUAUCUGCAACUAUUUGUGUAUUUCUCCACCAUACGAAUUGAUUAUAUUAUGGAGUGGAAAAGAGGGAAAUGUCCUUCAAAGGUUGAAACAAAAGAAAUCUAUACAGUAUACGGUACAGUCGCUGGAUAAAGAAAAGUUAACUCUCACUGAAUUAUCAGUGAAAUCACCAAUGCAAGGAAUCCUCGAGAGUGAUACUAAUAAAGAAGCACAGCAGGGAGCGCAGAGAUUAUCAGCGAAAGAAAAUUGGACUCAAAUUUCCUUCAGACUGAAAGAUAUUUUACAUAAAAACAGAGAUCGAUCAGAAGUUAUACCCAAAGAAAACUCACUGACUUCUUUGUUGCAAAAGAUGCGAAAAACAUCUACAGUUCACUCAAAUCGGAGGAAUCUAUCACUUUGGAAUAGUGCAGUUCAAUUUGUACGAUUUACAAGCAAUGAUUUAUCACAGAAGCCUGAAUCAGCCGAAUUAAAAUCAAUGAAGUAUCACAGACAAUGCACAUUGGAAUGGGAAUUCUUGGCUACAGUAGUAGAUCGAAUUUUUUUGUUACUUUUCUCAACUAUUACCAUACUGAUUAUUAUCGUUCUAGCAAUAACAGCCAAAUUGGCUCAGUAUCGUUUCAAUACUGCAUUAGAGAUCGCCCAGAAUUGA